AUGAUGUUCAAAGACACGAGCAAUAACACCAGUUCCGAGUAUGCACCGGGUGAAACAAGUGUUCUGAGUGAUCUGGAUCACCCCGAAUAUCUGUCCCAUAGCGUUGGAGAUAGAUACAGAGCGGAGAAAGCUGAGGCCUUCCUAUGGAAUGUUGUUGAGAAUCCGGUGGAUCUCGAUCCAAUCAUAAGUGGGGAAGGCAUGCUGGCCUCAGACGAUUCGGAGAUGCAGAAUUGGAUCACCUCCACGUCGGAGGCAUCUUCGGUAUCCCCAUCAAGUUAUUUUGCAGUCAUGAAUGGGACAGACAUGUUUGAGUCUCAUCUUUUCGGGCAUUUUGAUCCGUACGAUCAGGAAACUGUGAAUCUUCCAGAACACCGAGCAACUCUCACAGUAGACGAUAUGGACUUUUUAGAGGUGACCUUCGACGAAGCCCAUGAGUUCAUAAAGUCCGAAGAACAACAGCGGUUACAUUUACCCACCCCGCCUUUAAGCGAAAGUUCCGAAUUAAGAGGUUCUUCGCAAUUGGAAGAGACUCAUUCGAAAGCAAAGUCUUUGGAAGUGAGACCCGAAGCGGGUGAAGCAAAGGUAGAAAUAAAAGAUGAAAUUUUGGUAGAAGAGGAUGAAGAGGAGCAGAGGUCAGAGAUGAUAAUGCCAAAGAAGGGGAAGCGUACAGUCGUGCUUUACCCUAAUGAGAUUCUUGAGCGAGCCAGAAAAUACACGAAUACCGUUCAGGAAGCUAAUCGCAAUACAACGAAGAUUAAAGGACGGGACAUUAGGCUCCUACAACAAUCGGCAGCAGCCGGGAGAGUCUCCAUUGGUAGUUCUGUGUACACCAUUGUCCCCGAAAGCGAGUGGAAGAUCAACUACAUGUUAUAUCUGAUUCCGAAUGGGUACGUGUCUUCGGUUUUUCUUGUGAGUUUUCUGAAAUCGAUGGUGGACGAUGUAUGGGUAUACUACGACAAUAUCAACGAGCAGCCGCAUUUUGCCUUGACCAACGCCAAGCUCCCGUUCAGAUACUGUAACCAAGUUGCCAACUACUAUGAGCCGUUCAUCAUCCGUGAAAAAAGGAAGGACGGAAGGAUAUUAACAAAGGAGGAGAAACGGGCGAGAAGUGACCGGCGAAGCAGAGGCAAAAGCAAAGAUGACUCUCUUUUCCACAUCGAGGCGCUCUGCCCUUACUGUCCGAUCAAGUUUGACAAUGUCAACAAGUUCGAUGACUACUUUUACGGAAGAAACGACUCCGACUACCUACACCAUGUAACCAAGCACCACGGAGUCUACUCGGAUGGCAGUGAGCACGCUCUACCUGACUUGGUUCUCCUCGACGGCAGAGGCCGGUUCUAUGCGCAUUGCGAGGAAUGUGAGGAGCUUGUCAAAAUCAAGGACCCUACGGGGGAGGAAAUUGUUGGGAACAGGUUUCUUGGGUACUUACGACACUGUCUCAAGCACAGGAACCGGUGCAAGAACGGCAGUGGUGAGAGCCGGCUCAGGCGCCGGGAGAGAGUUGUUGAGAACGCAGCCAGGAGAAACCUUCUUUACGAAGAUGGGGACAAAGGUGAGUUGUUGGUCCACAGCAGAAUUGGCGCUGCGACGUGA